AUGGCAGCCUGCCUUUUCUGCCGUAUUAUCAAGGGUGAAAUUCCCUGCAUGAAGCUCUUCGAGAGUGAUAAAACACUGGCAUUUCUCGAUAUCGGUCCUCUCAGCAAAGGACAUGCACUUGUCAUUCCCAAGUUUCACGGCGCCAAACUGGCGGAUAUUCCCGACGACCACCUGACUGAAAUCCUGCCGACUCUCAAGAAGCUGGUGUCCGCAACUGGUGCUACGGACUAUAAUGUCUUGCAGAACAAUGGGACCAUCGCUCAUCAGCAGGUUCAUCACGUCCAUUUUCACAUGAUCCCGAAACCGAACGAGACAGAAGGCCUUGGUAUCAGCUGGCCAGCUACGGCUGGUGACAUGGACAAGCUCAAGUCACUCUGCGAGGACAUCAAAUCCAAGAUGUGA